CAGCGGCGAGUUUGGAAGUUUUGAUGCAUAUGAUCACAACCACCAUGAUUUUUAUGAUUCUUGGCGCUUCAGUUGUAAUGGCGAUAGCCUGUUUAAUGGACAUGAACGCACUACUGGAUCGCUUUCACAACUACAUCUUACCGCAUUUACGAGGGGAAGACCGCGUCUGUCAUUGCAACUGUGGAAGGCAUCAUGUCCACUACGUGAUCCCGUACAAUGGGGACCAUUCUCUGGUGGACUCGUCGGAGAACUACUUUGUGAGUGACAGCGUGACCAAGCAGGAGAUGGACCUGAUGCUGGGGCUGCUGCUGGGAUUCUGUAUCAGCUGGCUCCUGCUGUGGCUGGACGGAGUGCUGCACUGUGCUGUCAGGGCAUGGAGAGCCAGUCGCUACUAUGACACCCCUUCUUGGUCAUGGCUCCCCUCAUUCUGCAACCUUCGAGAUCUGCGUCGACGAGCCCAGCUCAGACAGCUGGAGGACUCCAGUGGCAACAUGGUCCACAUCAAGCAGAAGCUCUACCACAACGGCCACCCCAGCCCACGCCACCUCUGACUCUAAAACAAGAAUCCCCCAACCCAGCCCCCCCAAACUGCCCCAUGGCCAACUGCUGCCUCAGAGACCCUGGAAGACUGCCCUCUCACUGUUCAUAACACCCCUGUCACUGAGACUUUCUUAUGACAACCCUGACACAAGUCAGCACCAACCAAUCCAAACUCGAGCAGAAGAAGAAGAUAGUCGCUACUGAAAUCUUGUCUAUGUCCACAUUUUCUGUGUUCAUUGUUGAAACUUGGCAUGGGUACGAUGCGGGCAGUGUCCAGAAAGUGGGGGGAGUACGAAUGGGGUGCCACAGUGUGGGUUUUUCUCUAUGGGGAGGGUCUUUCUCUAAAGUGGGAGGGAGGUAAAUGGAAAGGGGUGUUUUUCAAGAUUUUGUGAUGGGAAGAUUAGAUUGCUGCUUCUGUAAAUACUAAUAAAUAUGGGGAAGUGGGAACACAGGGUAUGGGGGGGGGGUUUGUUUGUGAGUGUGAUGAGUCAAGUGUUACGAGUAGAGCUGAUGGACUGUAUGGGAGGAUAAACGGAGGGUAGGGAAGCUGAGGAUGACAGCCAUCUGGGGUUGAAGAGUGUGAUUUCUGCUAAAAACAUAGAUUAAUUAGCUUUGUUACUUUGUGAAUUAAAUGAAUGUAUUAAUUUACAUGUAAAUAUAAGAAGGGGAGGGGAGCAUAUGUUUGUGGUCAGGGUUCUCUGCGCUGUGUUAUUAUUUAUGAGAAGGUAGAAAAUAAAUUGAUGCCAGCCCAGAUAAGAUGGAGAGACAGUUCACUACAUCCCUUGUCUUCCCAAUACUGUGUCCAAUAGCACUUCCCAAUUUGCUACAUCCAAUUGCCUCAUACUUAUCAGGAGCAACCAGCCUAGCAGCAGCGGGAACCUUCACCUCGUCCCCCUCCCCUCUCUGUCCAGACAUUGCUGUUGUGAGGAUAAAAUGUCUGUUUUAUUAAAAGUGCCAUUGAAAAGCAACAGUGA